AUUAUCAGGACAAGGUGGUCUGUCGCACGUCAACAACAAGGCUUUUGAAGACGUCAGGAGGCUGAUGCUAAACAAAGGCUUCAUUCUCAACGUCACGGCCGGAUUGCCACUGAGAAGCGCGGCGGCUGCUUCGUGGCUGAAAAAUAACGUCCACGUUUACUACAGAGAAUCUCCGGACACGUUGGUAGAGGACAAUGCUUAG